AUGCAGGUUGGCACGCCCCCCCAGAACCUCGAGAUCCUCCCUGAUACAGGCUCCGGCGACUUCACCAUCGAGUCAGACCUCUUGGCAGCUGCACUGCGCGGUACCGGCCCCAUCUAUAGCCCCGGAUCCUCGUCUACAUCGCGUCAGCUCCCAGGAUACACAUACUCGGAGUGCUACGGCAGCGGAUACUGCGACACCGGCAUCGUCUACACUGAUGUCGUCACCCUAGGUGGCCUCUUAGUAUCGGGAGUGCCCAUCCAAGUCGUCAAUAACGCAUCGGCAAAAGGGGGAGACCAAACGGGCAACGUGGGCCUGAGCUUUGGAACGCCACAGGCUGCGAACCCAAGGGGGCCUUCGGGCUUUCUCUGGUCCAUCCGAUCAGCUCUUGACUCCGGCGUCUUCACCGUCGCUUUCGAUGAUUCGACUAACACGGGUGAGUUCGAAUUUGGAUACGUCGACCCGUCCAAGUUCACAGGCGCCUUGGCCUACGCGCCCCUCGACGUCUCGCCAUCCAGCGGCGGCGAGUGGAUCACCGAAUUCUCGGGCUUCAUCGUCAACAACACCUUCCUGAUCUACAGCUGGCCCGUCAUCCUCGACACGGGCACCGGCGGAUCCGGCGUACCCCGGCUCCUGGCCGACUACUACUUCUCCCAGGUCCCCGGCUCGACGUGGAACAGCGCCUGGAACCAAUACCAGUACCCAUGCUCCGAGAGCCUGCCGGACCUGACGAUUGGAAUCGGGCCCAUCACCAAGUUUACCCUACCGGGAAACGGCCUGGCGGCGUAUCCCUUAGAUGGCACUAACUGCCUCUCUAAGCUGGGCGUCAGCAACAGCGCCCCUUACUUUUUCUCUCAGAACCUCAUGGAGGAACUCUUCGUUGUCUUCGACUUUGACAAUGCACAAAUUGGCUUUGGCCAAAAGCCAAAGUCUGGCUCCUCGCCGGGCACGGGUAUUACCCCUGGGGCUUCAGCGCCUGCCAAUGCUGGCUCAGUAAGGCAAUCCCCCGUCUUCUGA